UUCAGGUGAAUCUCCUCCAGUGUCUCUGAUCAUCAAUCCCAGCAGAACUCAACACUUUACUGCUGACUCUCUCUCACUGAGCUGUGAGGACCAGAGUGACUCUACUGGAUGGACAGUGAGAGGAUACACACACAGUGAGACAGUGUCUGAUUGUUCAUCAGUUUCAGGAUCUACAUGUAACAUCAGCUUCCUCUCUACAUCACACACUGGAGUUUACUGGUGUCAGUCUGAAUCUGGAAGACGCAGUAAUCCUGUCAACAUCACAGUGCACAAUGGUGAUGUGAUCCUGGAGAGUCCUGUCCAUCCUGUAACUGAGGGACAUCCUCUGACUUUACGCUGUUUAUAUCGCAACACAAAAAUAUCAGACUCUGGUGUUGAUUUUUAUAAAGAUGAUUCAGUUCUCCAGUCCCAGACUACAGGAGAGAUGACCAUCAGUACUGUCUCAAUGUCAGAUGAAGGUUUCUACCACUGUAAACACCCAGAGAGAGGAGAGUCACCGAAAAGCUGGGUUUCAGUCAGAGUUUCAGCUUCAGCCGGAUCCAGUGCUGUAAUUAUAGGACUGAGUUUGGCCUUCUUGUUUGUCAUCUUAAUGAUCGUACUGAUCCUGCUGCUGCACUUCAAGAAGAAAAAAGGUGUAGAAUAUCAGCCUCCUUCUACAGUAAAUCAGGACACCAAUCAGCCUGCAGAUGGUGAAAAUGUCUAUGAAAAUGUUGCUGUCAGGACCACAGUUGAUUCUGCAGCUGGCUCUAGCAGCACUAGCAUGUACUCACAGGUUGUGACUAGAAAAAAGAAACAAAAUGAUGAUGCAGUCAGAAGGCCAGGUGAUGUGAUAUAUUCCCAAAUUGAAAUGAAAAAUGUCAACCCUCACAGUAAAGAUGACUCUGCAUCAAGACCAAGUGAUGUGGUUUACUCUAUGAUUGCAUCUAAAAACAUGAGACCCUAUGAUGAUGCCAGCAAACUCGAUGAUGUGACUUAUGCUGAUAUUGACCUGAAAAAACCAAAGAAACCAAACAGAAAACAAGGAAAGCGCACUGAGGGAGCUGACACUGUUUACUCAGAACUGAAGCAGAACACAGAUAAAGGAGAUUUCACUGAAACUGCUGAUGCAACUUAUGCCCAGGUUAGGAGAAAGGGCAAAAAGUAUAAUGCAGGUUCAUGAAGAAAGUCCAAAGUGUCCAAUCAGGAAUUGCUGAAGCAGCCAAAUAACACGGUGAAACAAACAUGGUGAA